AUGAGGGAAGAGUCACGUGGGUUCUGUUUUCUUAAAUGUUUUUUAUUCAUCAUCAGCGCCCGGCAAUGGGUGUCCGCGAGCAGGAACCUGCGCCCGUGCAAUGAGACAGACUACUACUAUGAGUAUACAGAGUGUGACAGUGCAGGGUCUCGAUGGAGGGUGGCCAUCCCCCACAAUCUGGGCACCUGCUCAGCCCUGCCUACUCCCACCAGAGGAACAGACUGCUCAUUCUCGUGUGCGGCGGGAGAGUUCCUAGAGAUGUCCGCUCAGCAAUGUACGCCGUGUGCGGCCGGCUCCUAUUCGCUGGGCAGUGGGGUGCGUUUCGACCAAUGGGACACUAUCCCUGCCGGCUUCACCAGCCUGGCCACCUACAUGGACCCAGGACCCAGUGUAGAGGAGAGUCAGGCCUGUAAUAGCUCAUCGUGGACGCCGCAGGGUGUGUAUCUGGAGUCUAGUCGUGAUGAGUGCACCGUGUCUCUGGUCUACGCUGUGCAUCUGGAGAAGCAGGGCUCUGUCUCCUUCAGCUACCAGUACCCUGACAACAACAUAUUUUUUGAGUUCUAUGUCCAGAACGAGCAGUGUCAGGAGAUGGCACAGACCGACGAUCAGAAGUGGAUCAAACUCACCACCAAUGGAGAGUGGGACACACACACGGUGAAUCUGAAGUCUGGCACUAACAUACUGUACUGGAGGACGACAGGGAUCCUGGUCGGAGGGAAGAUGGUUAAACCAGUGUUGCUCAGGAACAUCCAGAUUGAGGGUGUUGCCUACACCUCAGAGUGUUUCCCGUGCCGACCAGGCUGGUUUAGCUCCGCCCCUGGCUCCUCCUCUUGCCAGCCCUGCCCCAGGAACACAUCGUCUAACAAGGGAGCCGCCUCCUGUACUCCCUGCCCCGACACACAGUACUCACAUGAAGGAUGGUCACAGUGUAAGGAGAGGCCUCCAUGUUCGGAGAAGGAUUACUUUCAGAUCCACACAGCCUGCGACAGCGAGGGAAAGACGCAGGUGAUGUACCGGUGGGUGGAGCCGAGGAUCUGUGAGCAGAAUGUGACGGGCGCUGUGGCACUGCCCCCUACAGGGGAGAGAGAGGCCUGCCCGCCCUGUAACCCUGGUUACUACAACACCAACGACUCCACCUGCUUCCCCUGUCCUCCUGGAACACACUCUGACGGCACCUCAGUGUGUGAGGAUUGUCCUGCAGGGACAGAGCCAGUACUGGGGUACGAGUAUAAAUGGUGGAACGUCCUCCCUUCCAACAUGAAGACUUCCUGCUUCAACGUGGGCAACUCCAAAUGUGACGAUAUGAACGGCUGGGAGGUGGCAGGGGAUCACAUACGCAGCGGUGCUGGAGGCUCGGAUAACGAUUACCUCAUCCUGAACCUGCUGGUUCCUGGCUUCAAGUUACCCACAUCACUUGCUGGGAUGACCGGGACUGAGUUUGGCCGGAUCACCUUCGUCUUCGAGACAAUCUGCUCUGCCGACUGUGAGCUCUACUUCAUGAUGGAUGUGAACAGGAAGAGCACCACGGUGGUGGAGUCAUGGGAGGGGAGUAAGGAGAGACAGAGUUACACACACAUCAUGACCAGAAACGCAUCCGUAUCAUACACUUGGGCCUUCCAGAGGACCAACCAGGCUCAGGACGUGCGGCGGUACAUCAGUGAUGUGGUGAUACUCUACUCGGUGAGCGUGACAAACGUCCAGGAUGGCGUGGCAUCUGCGUGCCGGGCCUGCGCCCUCCUAUCCCAGAGUUCUCAGCGGUCUGGGUCGUCGUCGUGUAUUCCAUGCCCAGCUGGGUUCUACAUUGACAGAGACACCAACCGGUGCCAGGAGUGCCCCCCCAACACAUACCUGUCUGGUCACCACACAUAUGGAGAAGACGCGUGUUUGCCCUGUGGCCCCGGGAGUAAGAGCAACAAGGAGCACUCUCGUUGCUAUAGCGACUGCUCCUUCAGUCACACGGAGAACAACCGCACCCUGACCUUUGACCUGAGCUCUCUGAGCACCGUGGCCUCGCUCACCAUCGGCCCCAGCUUCACCUCUAAAGGCACAAAGUAUCUCCACGUCUUCAAUGUCAGCCUGUGUGGACACCAGGGGAAGAUGGCAGCUGUCUGCACAGAUAAUGUCACUGAUAUCGCCAACAAGGACAUGGGGAGUGAUUCCACCCAGUUCGUCAACUCAGUGGACAGCUUCAUCUGUCAAUCAACCAUCAUUCCUGCGGAUGGGCGGGGCUUCAGGAUGGCUCUGGCAUCCCAGUCUAUCAGUCUGGCUGAUACCUUCCUUGGAGCGACAGUGGACAGUGAUUUAGACGGAAUAAACACUAGACCAGAACUCUUCUCUGACAACUCAAAAACCAUACCAGACAUCAACUUCUUCUACAGGUCUACUCAGGCGACUGGAUCCUGCCAGCGUGGUCGGAGUGCGGUCAUGACCAUACGCUGCAACCCAGAGAAGACGGACCGCGGGCAACUCACAGUGCCCAGUGCGUGCCCUGCAGGUACGUGUGACGGCUGUACGUUUCACUUCCUGUGGGAGAGUGGGAGCGCCUGUCCCCGCUGCACCCAGGAUGACUAUCACCAGAUAGAGGGAGCCUGUAAGGGAGGGGCCCAGGAGACUCUGUCUGUGUGGAAUGAGCCAAAACUGUGCAUCAAAGGCAUUUCCCUGCCAGCUAAGAGCUCCGCCCCCUGCGAGGCCAUCGCCCUAUGGCUAAAGGUGGGGGUAGGGGGCGGGGCCUUCUUGGCUGUGCUGCUCGUCUCUCUCACCUGCUAUUUCUGGAAGAAGAACAAGAGGCUGGAGUAUAAGUAUUCUCGGCUGGUGAUGUCAGCCAAUAAGGAGUGUGAGCUGCCGGUGGCAGAUAGCUGUGCCCUGGCCGAGGGGGAGGAGCCUGAGGAUGACGUGGUCUACUCCCACAAACCCUCACUGCUCGGGAAGCUCAGGGCCAUCGCCAACAAGGGAGACAGCAGUGAGUCGGUACAGCUGAAGUCAUCCCAGUCUGAGAGAUGGGUCUGGGGGUAA